GAUGAAACAAUUUCAUUUUAAAUAUCGUAAAUUAAUAAAACAUAAUACUUGACUACGAGCGAUAACGGGUGCCAGACAAUGUUUAAUACGCAUGCAAGUAAGUGGUGAAUAUAUGUCAAAUGUCUAGUUUUGUUAGAAGUUGUGUCGUAUGUAUAAAUAAUGGGAGAAGUUGAAUUAUUGCGGAAAGAAUUUUUCACGUGCCGAAAAAUUUUAUGUUUCAUGGUAAUCACAUGUUUUAUGGUUCAUUAUAUGAUACGAGUCAACAUGUCAAUAGCAAUUGUUGAAAUGGUUGCAACAAACAAUUCCAACUUCUCUGCUCACGGUCCGACAUAUCAAUGGAACGAACACCAAAGAAAUGAUAUUCUGGGUUGUUUUUUCUGGGGAUUUCUACUAUCAGCUAUUCCUGGAGGCCGCCUGUCAGAAAUAUAUGGCACUAAAAUUAUUUUAGGCACUGCCAUGUUGAUAUCCAGCGUACUGACCAUUGUAACUCCUCUUGCUUGUCAUCUUCACUACUAUUGCGUCGUAGCGGUCAGAGUUGUCUUGGGACUGGCCCUCGGAGUCUCUUGGCCGUCUAUUCCUCCGCUGGCACUAAAUUGGGUAGCUCCAGCAGACACUUCCAAAUUUAUGGCUCAUACUAUAGCUUGUGCCUUGGGAGCCGGAUUGACUUUGCCAGUGUCCGGAUACAUUAUAGCUCUUCUGAUGUGGCCUAGUGUUUUCUACAUUACAGGCGCAAUAUCUCUAGUGUGGACAGCUUUCUGGUUUUAUUUGGUGUAUGAUUCUCCAGAAAAACAUCCGAGGAUUAGUAGCGAAGAGAAAGCAACCGUAACAAGAGAAACAGUUGGUCUUAGACACUCCAAAGGCGAAAAAGAAACUCCCUGGAUAAAAAUUCUUCUUUCAGGACCUGUGUGGGCAAUCGUGGUUGCGGAUUUUUGCCUCCAGUUUAACACAAACAUUAUUUUAAACGAAUUGCCGUCAUAUAUGGAUCGCGUUCUCCAUUUUAACAUAAAAAAGAACGGACUUCUUUCAAGUUUGCCGUAUUUUGCGACGUAUUUGAUGGCUGUUGUGUUUUGCUACAUAGCUGACAGGUGGAGAAAAUCUAAUAAAUUUUCUAUAGUUACUAUACGUAAAUUAUUUACAUCUAUUUCGUUUUGCAUUCCUGCAGUGCUAUUUUUAAUUCAAAUAUACUGGGGAUACGACGAAGUUGUCUCCGUUAUAGUCUUCACGUUAUCGCAAGGUUUUCUAGCAGCCUCAACUGCUGGGUUUAUUUCGAACAGUAUGGAUAUUUCUCCAGUUUAUUCUGGUACUAUAUUUGGACUGGCUUUUACUUGUGGUGCUUCGACGGGUUAUUUUUCUUCGAAAUUAGUUGCUGUUGUAACUAGUGAAGAAGUCAGCUUCCAGCAGUGGCGAUAUAUUUUCUGGAUAUUGAUUGCACUAGAUGUUGUUGGUUGUCUAUUUUAUUACAUUUUUGGUUCAGGAGAUAUACAAAAAUGGAAUUCGGUAGAGCAAAAUGAGACGGAAACAAGAGAACUCAAUAGAAAAUAACGCGUCAAUCCUGUGUAUUUAUAUUAAAUAUUUUAUAGUUGAAAAUAACUUUUUUAACUCAAAUAAAACGAACUUUCUUUUGCAAUAUAA